UUGACGUUCUGAAGAAAUUUUUAUUUCAUGAAAGUAGUUCAGGAUUGAGCCGAAAAGUCUGCGUUCUUACGGCAAAUGUGUUGUUCUCUGAUAUAACGAAAUUAAGAAUGUAAUUUUGUGCCAUUUCGUUAAAGAAAAACGUAUAAAAUAGUCAAUGAAAAUCGCUUUUGGAAAGGACUGCGACAGUGAAAAGUAUUAGAAGAGUGGUCGAUCGAGCAUCAAAAAUCUGAGCAGUACCGUUUGGAUUACUCUGGUACAAGCAUAGUAAUUAUUGCAAACGUAGUUUACGUUUUAAAAAUUUGAGUGAUAUUGGCCUUAGGCUUGUAUGCGCGGACAUUAGCUUUGCUAUGGAGCAACCAACAGCGGAAGCGGUUCUUCAAGGUGUAUACACGCUAUACAAUAACCCCAAUAAAGUCGAAAAAGAAAAAGCUUCAAAAUGGCUAGAAGCCUUCCAGAAAUCGAUACACUCUUGGGAAAUAGCGGAUCAACUCCUGCAGCAAAAAUACGACUUGAAUUCUUGCACAUUUGCGGCACAAACAAUGCGGAACAAAAUCCAGAACAGCUUCCAUGAGCUGCCAGAGUCUGCCCACGAAUCACUUCGACAAAGUUUAUUGCAGCACAUCAGCCACAUAACGCUUGAAACGAAACCCGUAAUCGUUACUCAGUUAUCGCUGGCGCUGGCGGAUUUAGCAUUGCUAAUGUCGUCUUGGCAUAAACCUGUUGCCACAUUGUUGGAACGUUUUUCAAGCAAUCCCAACAUGAUGUACGCAGUGAUAGAACUAUUGACACUUAUUCCGGAGGAGGUAAAUUCUCGUUACCUGCGAUUGGGGGCGAACCGGAGAAAAGACGUUCUUACCGACCUCGAGACAGAUUCCAGUUUGGUCAACAGCUACUUGCUGAUGUGCUUGAUGAACUGCAACGAUAAUGAAAUACUUCAAACAAAAAUUUUAAAAUGUUUUACGUCAUGGUUGCAUAUAAAUGCUUUUAAAAUUGCCCAGUUGGGAGACAAUAUGAUUGUUGCCUACUCGUUCCAAGUACUAAGCAACAUCCACUCGAAGCCGGAAAUUCACGAUGCAGCAACGGAUUGCCUCUGCGCGUUGCUGCAAUGCGUAGAAAUGAACAAUAACGGAAACGGUUUGGAUGUGAAUCUCUUCAACGGAAUACUUAGCUUGGAAGAAGCAUAUAAUAUGUCGGUCGCACAAGAAGACCUUGACAGAUCAAUAAACUUAUGCAGACUAUUCACCGUACUUGUAGAAAGCAAUCUAACAAGAAUGGUAGCUGGAUCGGAAGCAGCAACGCCUCACUUUAGCGUGAAAUCGCUGGAACUCGUUCUGAAUUGUGUUGGGCAUUACGAUUUCGAAGUGGCAGAGAUAACGUUCAACAUGUGGUACCGGCUUAGCGAGGAUCUAUACCAGCGAAACAACGAAACUCUGACCGCACAUUUCAAGCCGUACGUGGAACGGCUAAUCGCUGCCCUCUACAAGCAUUGCCAGAUGGAAUCGGAUCACGAGGGUCUGAUAGAAGAGGGAGAUUCUUUCAAGGAUUUCCGCUUCAAGGUUUCGGAGAUUAUAAAAGAUGUAAUCUUCAUUGUCAGUUCGAUUAGCUGCUUUAAGCAGAUGUUUGUCAUACUACAGAGUCCAAACGUCACUUGGGAGUCCAGCGAGGCUGCCCUUUUCAUCAUGGAAAAUGUGGCACGAAACAUCUUACCAGAGAUAAUGCAAUUAGGAGAGCGCGACAUACCAACGUCCCGGUUCAAUCAGCUCUGUGAGGAGAGUGAAGUGGUCCCCAAAGUGGUCGAGGCUAUCCUGAAUUUGCCCGAAAACUGCCACAUAGCCAUCCGAUACACGUCGAUCAACAUCUUAGGUGAACUGUGUGAUUGGAUCGAUUCUAACCCGGAGACGUUGGAACCGAUUCUUAACUUUUUACUGUGCGCCUUGCAGCAGAAGAACGGUUUAGCAACAGCUGCUGCUAAUGCUUUGCAGUCGAUCUGUUCGGCCUGUAAAAAGCAUAUGCUCGGUCAUAUUAGCGGAUUAAUGGAAAUCGCUCGUUGCUUAGAUGGGUUUGAAAUUCAGACCGACUCCGCAAUAGGUUUGCUGAAGGGCAUAUCCAUUAUAAUAGGCCGAUUGCCACAUGCACAAUUGACAACAGCGAUGCAGGAGCUUUGUAGCUUCCAGGUGCAAGCACUCAAUCAGUUAACCAGCGUUGAAGAUGACGGACUCGGCGUAAAGAAAGAUCGCCACGAUCCCGUGUUUUGGGUGGAUCGUUUGGCUUCGAUCUAUCGGCACGUAAAUCCAACGAUCACGGCUAACGAAGUAAAUCCAUGCGUGUAUGUCAUCGUCAAUAACUGGAGUGUGUUAUCUCGCGCAAUGGAAUGUUACAAAAAUGAUUCAAAAACAAUGGAACGAAUAGUUAGGUGUAUUCGGUAUGCAAUUCGAUGCAUCGGCAAACAAGCCAUGCCAAUUUUGGAACCCUUGGUGAAACAAAUUAUCACAAUUUACUCAGGCCACAAUCACAGUUGUUUGCUGUACUUAGGAAGCAUUUUAGUAGAUGAAUUUGCCUGCGAAACCAGCUGCAUACAGGGACUAUUGAAUAUGCUGCAAGCAUUUAUUGAGCCAACCUUCCAAGUGCUGCAAAUGGAAAAUGGUUUGAAAAACCAUCCCGACAUGGUAGACGACUUUUUUAGACUGGUGGCGCGUUUCAUCCAGCGGUCGCCAUUCCAGUUGCUGCAGAGUCCUCUGGUAACACCAAUAAUCCAAUGUGGUUUAUUAGCCUGCACGCUUGAUCAUCGAGAUGCUAACCUGUCGGUAAUGCGUUUCUUCUGCAGUCUGUUAAGUUACGGCCGACAUGAUCGGGCAGAUGAAUUACGAGCAAUAGUUCAUAGCAUAUUGCUGCAGCAUGGCGAAUCAUUGAUCAUGAAUCUGCUAUACGCUUCGGUGUUUUGCCUGCAUUCUUAUAUGCUUUCCGACGUGGCGGACGUGUUCGUCGAGAUCAAACAGCUUAAUCCUCAACAGCUAGAGGGUUAUGUGCGAAAAGCGGUUGACGCUCUACCAAAAAAGAAUAGCGGAGGUUGCGUGACCGUUACUAAUGAACAGAUGAUAGAGUUCGUCGAAAGUAUCGUCAAAUCCGAAACGCCGAGAGCGGUAACGCAGGCACUACAAGAGUUCUCACGUCUGUAUCGAUAAAUGGCGCUAGACGUGUAUGCGUAGGUAUAAAGAUUUUGUACGAAUCGCAGGUCGCACUUGAGCGCAUUUGACUUUAAAAUGAAAGUUGUUUAUUGUGUAUAUAAACUAGUGCUGAUGCAAGUUUAACUGUAUUCCUACUUAAUGCAGGAAAUAUUCUAUAUAGUUAACCAUAAGAAAUUAAUGCACUGGAUGGCGAGAACAGUGAAAACGGUUAAUGUAGAAAAAUCGACACUUCUCGCGGACGCCGCGCGGGUGAUCAUUUUAGGAAAAGUCUAAUAUAAUUACAAUUACAAGACUAAAAUUGUAGUAUGAUAUUGAAUAAAAAUUGACAUUUAUUGAAUUGCUAUUAUUUAGUUUAGAGAAUAGCAGCUAUAGCAGCAAAUAAUAGCAGAAUUGAUAUAUGAAUGCCGGUAGAUAUAGGUAUUUUGUUCAUUGAAA